UCUGUAACCAGUGCAUUUAUAAGCCGGUAUUUACCUAUAGAUAAUUCAAUAUAUUGCCUACCGUGCUGUGUUGAUAUUAUUUAUUUCAACUUUCGAUUGAAAGAAUUUUAUGUAGUCGUUUAUAUACCUGCUUUAAUGUAUAUUUAAAGUUGUUGGUUAUUUUGAAAAUUUGUUUUACUUGGAAUAAAUGACACUUUAUUUUACUUUCGGUUUGAUUUCUUCAGAAUAAUUUCAAGAUGGAUAGAUCAACAUCCAUUGAACAUCAUGUCACGUGUUCGAUAUGCAUGGACCUUUACAAUGACCCUUUAGCUCUACCGUGCCUACACAGUUUUUGCAGACGAUGUAUAAUGGGUCUGUUUUCUUCCGCGCUAGUUUUCAAAUGUCCAGAGUGUCGAAAAGAUGUUAUGCUCGGACCAAAUGGUAUAGAUGAACUCCCAAAGAACUUCCAACUUGGAGGAAUUGUGGAAAGUUACAAACGAGAAAACGAUAAAGGUCAUGAAGGUCAAGGUCGCACAAGAAACGAUCAGCCAUUUUGUGCGCAACAUAGAAUGACGUGUCAGUUAAUGUGCACAUCGUGUAGAGCUCAAAUAUGUAUACGAUGUAUGACGGGAAAACAUUCUGGACACAAAGUGACUUUAAUGUCUGUCCUAAAGGAAGGCGAAGAUUCUGCCACAGAUGGAAUAAAAUGUUUUGAACACGGUAGACAGUACAAAUUAUAUUGUAGUGAUUGCAGUGAACUUGCUUGUCUGGAAUGUAUUGCUAAGCAACACAAUGCACAUAGGUUUAGUACAAUUGAAGAUUCUUACGGAUAUAACAUGGACGUCCUUAAAGGAACACUUUGUGACUUAGAUUCUCGCAAAAGCCUACUUAAAGCUACACAAAAAUCUUGCCGUGCGUUAGCACAGAAAACACAGAUAGAUGCUCAAAAGAAACGCCAGGAGUUAACGGUGUAUUUUUCUCGUCUGCGUGAUGCUCUUGACAGACGAGAAGCGGAACUGCGCGGACAGCUUGAUCACCGUGAGCAACAGGUCUCACAUAACUAUAUGACACAUUCAGAGUGUGCCAAAAGAAAAGAAAAACUGGUCGACAAGGUUGUAGACGAUGCUAGAAGAUUAUGCACUGAUAAUAAAAUAAAGUUCAUACAGAAUUUUCCAAAACAAAUUAAAAGUAUGUCAGCGCUGUUAACAGACGAGAGUUCUGAUAGUACACCCCAGAUAAAGGGUGUUGAUGACGUCACACUACUUGUCAGCUCCAUAGAAAACGAACUGUCUCAAGUACAAUGGAAAUGGCCAAAGGAAGAUCUCAGACCUGCACGGAAGGCACCACCUGUACCUGCAAGUCGAAAAUCAGCUUCCGGUCAGCGACCAAAACCUCAAUCUCGGCAAACGCACAACCAUACACUUAAUGUUGGUACACCAAUGAAAAGAGGAAAGUGUUGGAAGGAUGGAUUAACGGACGGGGGUCCUGGUCAUAUUGGAACUAUCACAAAUAUAUGCUUGGAUGCAAACACCUACACGGUCACGUGGCCGAAUGGAAAAACCGGUAACUACAAAUAUUUACCACCGUAUGAAGAAGAGAUAUGCCCUCCCUAAACCAUUUGCUUUUGAACAAUCAAGUCUUUUAUUCAAAUCUCAUAACCAAAUCUCAUAGACAACACAAAUGUGGUCAAGGUCGUUGACUUCGAACCAUUUGCUCUCAACCGCUGAUGAUUCGUAUCCAGUCAGAUACUUUGGUUUCAUUCAUGUGAGAAAGGUGUUAAAAGUCGGUAGUUCUGCUCAGGAACCCGAUCGUGCCUUGUAAUGCAAGGAGGGGCAUCUAAGGUCUUUCCUCACCAGUCGCCAAAUGACACCGUGUUUGUGCGACGUAAAACCCCGCAGAAAGAAGAAUGCAGAAGUAUUAACUUUAUAUGGAUAAAUCAUAAAAGUGAAUGAAUACUACAUGAACUAAAAAACAACAACAAAUGUUGCUGUAGAAACAGGGAUGGUUACGUACAAUAUGUUUGUACAGACACUUUUGAGACAACGAUUUCUGUAUAAUUUUACCUUCACCAAAGACAUGAGUGUUUAAUAUGGAAACACUAUAGAAGUAAUCAUAAUUGUAAUGGAAUUUGAUAAGAGUUUAAGAUAUUUUUGUACCUUAAUAUGCCACAGAUUACCAUGAUUCAAUAAAUCAUUAUAAUUAUGCUAAUUUGUCUAGAGGAUUUAGAAGUAACGCCAUGUACAUUGUAUUUUCUGUUGAAUAUGAUAAAUAUGUUGCAAAUUUAAAAGAUUUGUGUAUGAUGAAUAAAUAUAUAUAUU